AUGAAUAGAAGAAUGUAUGAUUGUGGGUAAUAAUUAACAUUUAUAUUAUUUUAGUAUAUGUUAGAUGAGAUUUGAAGAUAUUACUAGUUAUUAGAAUCAUAAAUAGAAUGUAAAUUUAGUUAAUAAUUCAAAUUAGUUUUGUAAUGGAACUAGUUUCAAUGGUAAUUUUAAUGAAUAGUCAACAACAAUGAAUUUAGGGAAAAGUAAAAGUAAAAGUAAUUUUAGGGUAGCAUUAAGAAACAAAUUAAUCAUCUACAAUGCUUUUAAAUAAUACAACAGAAUAAUUGGAAUUGAAUGAGCAAGAAUAUAAAAUAUUAAGAAGUCGUAUACUUGAAAGAGAGAAUAAUAGCAAUAUAAAUAUGAGUCAAAUGAUGAAUAAUUCAUUGACGUAUUUAAUUAUAGAAUCUUUAAUAGAUAUGAUAAAGAUUAAUUAAGUCAGUUAUAAGAAUCAAUGAAUGCAUCUGUAAGAGUAGCACUUUUUGGGUAAGAUUAAGAAAGAGAAAUGAUAUUAAAAGAAUUAAAAGAUAGAACAUGGAAAGAAAGAGAAUAUCUUAAAGAUAGAGAUACAAUAGAUAGAGAAAUAAAGAAAGCUAAGGAUUCUUAGAGAGUACAAGAAUUAAAAUAAUUGGGUUCAGACAGAGAUAUAUUAUUUGAGAGGUAUUAAUUAUAAAUAUUAUAAAAGAUAUAAUAAUUUUAUAGCAUAAUGUAAUGAAAUAUUAAAUAGUAAAAGUGGAUUAUACAAGAAAGAUAAUUUAGAUAGAGUGAUUUAAUUAAAUAAAAUAAAAGAAUCAAUAGAAUAAGAUAGAAUGAGAAUAAUGAGUAGUGUUUUCAGUGAUUUAAUGAAUUAAACAGGAUAUAGAUCUAAUGAUGCUUCAAAGUAUGCAGCAUAAUAGAUAUUAUCUGAUAAUACAAAUUAAAGUGGCGCAGGCGCUAGUGAAAUUGUAUAACAUUGGUAAUUCCCUGAUGAUUAAAAAGCUAUUGAAUAUGAUCCUUAAUAAAUAAAAUAUGAUUAAGAUAUGAUUGAAAAGAAUUUAUAAACAGCAACUCGUUUAUCAUAAGAGAUAAAAAUGCAUAUGGUUGGAAUGGAUCCUGCAUUAAAAAGAUAUGCAGAAGCAAAUGGUUAUGGUAGUUUGGAGAGUAUAUUUGCAGAAAAGAGUGAAGAUUAUAGUUCAAUGACACCAGAAUAAAAGAAAUUAAUAAAUUUAUUGGCUUAAGAGACAGAUGCAAAAAGAGCAUUAGAAAGAUUACCAUAUGGAUUAGAUUAUUAAAUUAUGUAAAGUAAAGUUGAUAAAAUAACAUAAAUGAGAUUAGAAUUAGAGAGAACUGUUUAAGAAUAAAAAUAUUAUAAAAUUAGAGAGAAUUAUGAAUAAACAGUAAAAGAUUCAGAUUAAGAAAGAAAAUAGAAUAUAAGAGAUAGACUUAUACAUUAAAUGGAAUCAUGGAGAGGUGAAAAGAAAUAUAAUCCAACUGAAGGUUUAGUAAUUCAUUGGGAUUGGUGCUUAAAUGUACCAAAAAAAUAUGAUAGAUGUAGAUUAACAUGGGGAAUGUUUUUAAGAGGAUAAACAUUAAAUAAACCAUAAAUUGUUGAAGAUCAUAUGUGUGUUAGUGAUGGAUAUAGAGUUAAUUAUUGUAUGUUUAAUGAACAUUAAUAUGUUUAUGAUGUUAUACCAAAUAAGGAUAUAAUUGUAGUAAUUGAAUUAUAAUGUUAUUAUCAAGAAGGUGGUAGAAAGAGAUUAGAUAUAUAUGGAUGGACAGUUUUAGAAGUAUUUGAUAUGAAUAUGAAUCUUAUAAGAGGUAGAUUUAAAUUACCAUUUUAUCCAACUGGAACAAAUCCAAGUUAAUUAGUUUCAUCUGAUAAACCAUUAAAAAGUGUUUCAAAUACACUUUUAUUUUGUAGAAUAUCAUUCCCUUUUGAUAAUGAAUAUUCUAAAAUGGAACCAUUAAAUCCUAGUACAAUGACUUAAGAAUAUUAUAUUACUGGUAUUCAUAGUAGAACAAUAAUUAAACAUGAUUAUGAUCAUGUUCCAUAAUCAAUUAGAAAAAGAGGAUAUAAUCCUUUAGCAUUUGAUGAAUUAUUUAAUUAAAAGAGAGAAAUUGAACCAGAAGAAGUUGAAGUAGUAGAAGUAAAGGAACCUGAAUGGUAAUUAAUGGAAUUAGGUGAAAAUAGAAGAGGAUUAUAUAUAAAUAUACAUGAAUUACUUAAUUAUUUUGUGAAAACUAAAUCAAAAGUUAGAUGCUUUUUAACAGAUGUAAAAAGAGGAGUAUUGAAAGAUGAAAAAGAUAUACCAUGUUCAUUUGAAACAGAUCCUUAUGAAAUGAAUGAAUAAUAAUUAAAAUCAGAUUAUUUUGGUGGUCCAUUUGUAUUUAUUGAAGAAGAAUAUUAAUUUUUUGUUGAUAUUGUUACAUAUGCUCAUAAUAAUAGAGCAUGGGAUGAUUUAUAUUUAAUAUUUUAAGUAUUUGAUUAUCCUCCAGAAUAAGUAGAAUAAGAAGAUGAUAAAAAAGAUAAUUAAUCUGUAGUUUCUGAGAAAUCAGUAACAGAUAUUAAACCAGUUGGUAAAAGAUGGUAUGCAUUUAAAAUGUUUGAAAAUAAUAUACUUAAAAUAGGAAGAUUUUCAGAAUUCAUUUAUGAACCACCUAUUAAGAAACCUCCAUUUGAUCCUUUUGAAUGUAGAAUAACAAAUUCUUAAAUAGAUUUUAGUAUCAAUUUAUUUGAUUAUAAUAUGAGUAAUCUUAAUGAAUAAAUUGAAAAAUUUAAAUAAUUAAGAUAAUUAAAAAGAAAAUAAAGAGGACAUGGAAAACCUAAAAUAAAACCAAAGAAAGAAAAAAAAGAAAAAUAAGUUGCUUAUGAUUGGUAGAAUUUACCAUUAAGUGAUAGACCAUUUAUUGAAAAUAUUAAAUAAUAAUAUUAAGAUAGACCAUUUGAUAAAGGAUUUGGAAUAGAUUUUUAUAUCGAUUAAGCUAGAUUUUUACCAGAUAAUGUUACUGUUUGUAAAAUCCUUUUAAUGUUCAAGAAUACUAAUUUAGAGUAAUUAUAUCCUCCUAAAUCAGUUAUACCUGAUAUUGGAGCAACUACUUAUUCACCCACAUUUAAUUAUAAAAAUGAAUUAAGAAGUCCCCAUUUUGAUCCAACUACUAUAGCAUUCAUGACAAUCUUAACUAAAGAUAAUAUCAAAAAAGAAGUUAGAAUUGUUGGAUAUUGUGCUAUUAAUUUAUUUUUAUCUAAAGCUACUAAAAUGUAACCAACUAAUCCAUUAGAAAGAGAUGUAGUAUUAAUGAAUGGUUUAUAUUAAAUACCAAUACAUUGUUAACAUCCUGCAAUGAUUAAACCUUUCAAUAUGAAUAGAGUCUAAAAACUUGAUAGAUUGCCAUGCUCUACACUACUUGUACGUAUUUUCUUAGCUCCUAUGUCAGAUGAUGGAUUUAAACCUUUAUCUAUUAAUGAUUUUAGUUAAAAAGAUUGGGAAGCAAAAAAAGUAUGGUAAAGAAUGCCUCCAUAUGGUACUGGUCUUUAUAAUACUUAAUUUUGUCCAAUCAGAGAAACUGAAAAACUUUUAUAUAAUAUUAGAGUAUAAAGAGAAGAUCCUAAAUUAAUUGAUUUAAUGAGAAGAUUAAUGUCUUAUGAGAAUAUCUAAUAAAAUAUGACAGGUGCUUAAUUCUUAUCCUGGUUAGAUAAUGCAUUGGUAAGAGAUGCAUAUACUGAUAUUAUUGAAUUGACUUUUUUUGCUAAAUAUAGAGGAUAAGUUGGAUUUAAAGUAUCUUUGGAUGGUUUUCAUAAUGUACCUGAUACUGAUCAUCCAUAUGUGGCUAUUUAUUCAAUUAAUCCUCCUGGAAAAUUGUAUGAAUAAUAAUCAUAAUAAUUAUAAUAAAGAGAUGCAAAUUUAGCAAAUGAAAUUAUAACAUGUACUUCAUAUAAUUGGGAAUCAGCAUUAUAAUCACCAUAAUUUAAUGAAGGAUAUUUUAAAUUUAAAGAUAUCCCAUAUGAUAAAAAUACACAUUUAGUAUUUGAUAUAAGAAGAGUUAAAUUUUCAUAGAGAGGUACAAAAUCUAUUGUAGAAAAGGUUGGAUGGACUGUAAUGCCUAUAUUCACUGCAAAUGGAUUUGUUAAAAGUGGAAUAUAUUAAUUACCAGUACUUGCAGGUGAAAUUACUUAUAAAAUGAUAGAAGAAUUUUAAAGAGGGGAAGUAUGGGAAUAAAUUGAAGAAUUAACAAAAUAAAAAAAGAAUGCACUUAAAUAUUUAGAUAAUAUGUCAAUCAUAGUAAGAAUAUUAGAUGGACAUAGAGAAGGUCACUUUUAAACUCCAUUUGAUCAUACAAGAAUGAUAUAUUCAUAUUUACCUUAAAAUAGAUUAUCUUCUUAUGUAUAUAAUGCAGGAGUUGAUGCUAAAUUAAAAACAGCUAAAAAAUUGAUAUCAAUAGCACCAAAUAAAUAAUAAUUAAAUGAAUAUAAUGAAAAAAUUGCUAAUGCUUUAUAUGAUGUAAUUAUAUAAUUUAUAAAUUUAGUCUUUGGGUCUUAAACAUUAAGAUGUAGUAUCUGCUAAAUUAGUACUAAAUGAAAAUCCAAAUAAUUAAACAGAUUAGGUAGAUUAAUAAAUAAUAUGA